GCGAGCGGCGGGGGAGCCGGAGCGCGGCCCCCGGGAGGCUGCCUUCGCGCCGGCGGCCGAGCGCAGCGGGACGGAGAUGCUGCUCCUCCGGCCGGGGCCGGCGCGGGGGAGGGGCCGCGGGCCGGCGGGGGCUCCCCGCGGCGGGCUCUCGCUGUCCUGGAGCCCCGCCUGGAUUUGCUGCUGGGCGCUCGCCGGCUGCCAGGCGGCCUGGGCUGGGGACCUGUCCUCUUCCUCCGGCCGCCCGCUUCCUCCUUGCCAGGAGAAAGAUUACCACUUUGAAUAUACAGAAUGUGAUAGCAGUGGCUCCAGGUGGAGAGUUGCCAUUCCGAAUGCUGCAGUGGACUGCUCUGGCCUGCCUGACCCAGUGAGAGGCAAAGAAUGCACUUUCUCCUGUGCUUCUGGAGAGUAUUUAGAAAUGAAGAACCAGGUAUGCAGUAAGUGUGGUGAAGGCACCUACUCCUUGGGCAGUGGCAUCAAAUUUGAUGAAUGGGAUGAAUUGCCAGCUGGAUUUUCCAAUGUUGCAACAUUCAUGGACACUGUGGUCGGCCCUUCUGACACCAGGCCAGAUGGCUGUAACAACUCUUCUUGGAUCCCUCGUGGAAAUUACAUAGAGUCAAAUCGUGAUGACUGCACGGUAUCUUUGAUUUAUGCUGUGCACCUUAAGAAGUCGGGUUAUGUCUUCUUUGAGUACCAGUAUGUCGACAACAACAUCUUCUUUGAGUUCUUUAUUCAAAAUGAUCAGUGCCAGGAGAUGGACACUGCCGCUGACAAGUGGGUAAAACUCACUGACAAUGGAGAAUGGGGCUCUCACUCUGUAAUGUUGAAAGCCGGCACAAACAUACUAUACUGGAGAACUACCGGCAUCCUUAUGGGUUCUAAGGCCGUCAAGCCAGUGUUGGUAAAAAAUAUCACAAUUGAAGGGGUGGCAUACACAUCAGAGUGCUUUCCAUGCAAACCAGGCACCUUCAGCAACAAACCAGGUUCAUUCAACUGCCAGGUUUGUCCCAGAAACACCUAUUCGCAGAAAGGAGCCAAAGAAUGCAUAAAGUGUGCAGAAGACUCCCAAUUUUCAGAGGAAGGCUCCAGCGAGUGUAUGGCCCGCCCUCCCUGCACCACUAAAGACUAUUUCCAGAUCCACACUCCAUGUGACAAAGACGGAAAGACCCAGGUGAUGUAUAAGUGGAUAGAGCCCAAAAUCUGCCGGGAGGAUCUCACAGAUGCUAUUAGGUUGCCCCCUUCUGGAGAGAAGAAGGAUUGUCCACCUUGCAACCCUGGAUUUUAUAACAAUGGAUCAUCUUCUUGUCAUCCCUGCCCUCCUGGAAUGUUUUCAGAUGGAACAAAAGAAUGUAGACAGUGUCCAGCAGGAACGGAGCCUGCACUUGGGUUUGAAUAUAAAUGGUGGAAUGUCCUUCCUGGCAACAUGAAAACGUCGUGCUUCAAUGUCGGAAAUUCAAAGUGUGACGGAAUGAAUGGUUGGGAGGUGGCCGGAGACCAUAUCCAGAGUGGAGCUGGAGGUUCUGACAAUGAUUACCUCAUCUUAAACUUGCAUAUCCCGGGAUUUAAACCACCAACAUCUAUGACUGGAGCCAUGGGGUCUGAACUGGGAAGAAUAACAUUUGUCUUUGAGACCCUCUGUUCAGCUGACUGUGUUUUGUACUUCAUGGUGGAUAUUAAUAGAAAAAGUACUAACGUGGUGGAAUCAUGGGGUGGCACCAAAGAAAAACAAGCUUACACCCAUGUCAUCUUCAAGAAUGCGACAUUUACAUUUACGUGGGCAUUCCAGAGAACUAAUCAGGGUCAAGAUAAUAGACGGUUCAUCAAUGACAUGGUGAAGAUUUAUUCUAUCACUGCCACUAAUGCAGUUGAUGGGGUGGCGUCCUCAUGCCGUGCCUGUGCCCUCGGUUCUGAACAGUCGGGCUCAUCGUGUGUCCCCUGCCCCCCAGGCCACUACAUUGAGAAAGAAACCAACCAGUGUGAGGAGUGUCCACCUGACACCUACCUGUCCAUACAUCAGGUCUAUGGCAAGGAGGCUUGUAUUCCAUGUGGGCCUGGGAGUAGAAGCACUCAGGACCACUCAGUUUGCUAUAGUGACUGCUUUUUCCACCAUGAAAAGGAAAAUCAGAGUUUGCACUAUGACUUCAGCAACCUCAGCAGCGUGGGGUCGUUAAUGAAUGGUCCCAGCUUUACCUCCAAAGGAACAAAAUACUUCCAUUUCUUCAAUAUCAGUUUGUGUGGGCAUGAGGGGAAGAAGAUGGCUCUCUGUGCCAACAAUAUAACUGACUUCACAGUAAAGGAAAUGGUGGCAGGGUCAGAUGAUUACACAGGCUUGGUGGGAGCAUAUGUAUGCCAGUCAACUAUUAUUCCUUCUGAAAGUAAAGGUUUCCGAGCAGCCUUAUCAUCACAGUCCAUCAUUCUGGCAGAUACAUUUUUAGGAGUGACAGUUGAAACCACAUUGCAGAAUAUUAAUAUAAAAGAAGAUAUGUUCCCAGUUCCACCUAGCCAAAUACCAGAUGUGCAUUUCUUUUAUAAGUCUUCUACAACUACAACCUCCUGUGUUAAUGGCCGAUCAACCGCUGUGAAAAUCAGAUGUAAUCCUGCUAAACCAGGAGCAGGAGUGCUUUCAGUCCCCAGCAAGUGCCCAGCAGGUACGUGUGAUGGAUGUGCGUUCUAUUUCCUGUGGGAGAGUGCCGAAGCUUGCCCUCUGUGCACAGAGCAUGACUUCCAUGAGAUUGAGGGAGCCUGUAAGAGAGGAUUUCAGGAAACCUUAUACGUAUGGAAUGAACCUAAAUGGUGCAUAAAAGGAAUUUCUUUGCCUGAGAAAAAGUUGUCAACCUGCGAAACAGUUGACUUUUGGCUAAAAGUGGGAGCAGGUGUGGGAGCUUUCACAGCUGUUUUGCUGGUGGCUCUAACUUGCUACUUCUGGAAAAAGAAUCAGAAACUGGAGUACAAAUAUUCCAAAUUAGUAAUGACGACUAACUCAAAAGAGUGUGAACUCCCAGCUGCAGACAGUUGUGCUAUCAUGGAAGGAGAAGACAAUGAAGAGGAAGUUGUAUAUUCCAAUAAACAGUCACUACUGGGAAAACUCAAAUCCUUGGCAACAAAGGAAAAAGAAGACCAUUUUGAAUCUGUUCAACUGAAAUCUGCAAGAUCCCCAAAUAUAUGAAAAGACAGUGCUGUAGCCUUCAGACUAACGAACAAAGAAACCUACUCUCUAGUUUUACAGGACAUAGUGUAGAUCCUGUCCUCAUACCUGGCACAUUGGUGAUCUCAACGAGGAGGGCCAUGAGCUGAAAAGGGAAGGAGUUUGAAAUGUUUGAUUGCCUUAUCACAUGGUCAAGUAUCUUGCCAAAAAUAGGAAAGCAAAUGGUUUGAGUCUCAACUCAAGAUGAAACUCAACUCAGGAAGAGAUUUAUCUGUAUAUACACAUAACUGAAAACCAAGGUUAAGCCCACCAAUGCACUGCUGAUGCAUGCCAUAUAAUUAAUGGGUAACUUUUAUUCUUUAUAACUUCUACAUGAAAAGUGUGCUUUGGUGGGCAGGUGUGAGCAUAUGCAUUGUGAUCCCAUUUAUGUCUUGUCUUUGUUUAUAUUUUGGGGAAGAUUUGAAAAAUUUUUUAAGGUAUAAUUAUUUUUCCCAUUAUUUUCCUGAUAGACCUUAAACAUCUUUUCUAUUAAAAUUGGUGAACAAAGAAAGACAAUAAGUUUUUCAUUUCUCCAUGGGGUAUCUUUCUUGAUUUCAGAAGCCUAAGUAGGCAGUACUUUUUUUAGGAAGAGUCAGCAUGUGCUUGGGUUUUCUAAACUUAUAUUUGCCUUUGAAAUUCCAUCCUUGUUGGAACUGGUAAGAAGGGCUUGACUGAAAGUGUUGAAGGAAUCUUAAAAAAAAUAAAGGCAAAGAGAAGCCUUGACUUUCCAUUAAUACAAACAAGAUGACACUAUCAUAGAAGUUGACACAGUUUAUAGAGUGCUUGAAAUAUAAUUUAAAAUGAGGAGGAAAGCUUGUUUGUCAAAUCAUUUGCCAAAUCAUGAAGAAGAAAGUGGGACGGCUUGUGUAUAAGUACAGAUAACUGUACAAAGAUAUUGGGAUAAUUUUGUGGUCUCCAGAAAAUGGCAUUGGAGCAUUUGCCCUAUGUCAAGCAUCAAAGGUUAUAUGGUUAUUUUUCUGCUAAGACAUUGAGGAUUAUGAGUUCCAUGGAAGUUUUUCUUUUUAAGUCAACAAGGCGGGAAUUCAAUUUUGGAAAAUUGCAUAUGAUUGUAUUCAUAGUAAGACUGUGGUCAUACCAUAAACAGUUAUGAAAGAAGUAUUGUUAUUCUUAUUCAAAAGUGAUCCAGAUAAUUGUGAUAUUUCGUAUGGUGGAUGGAUUGCUAGUAUUAGCACAACUUGAAUGUUAUUUGUUGAAAGAAGUUUGAAUGAAGUUGGAUUUGACCAAUUUUGUGUAGACAUUAACUGUUUUAGAAUUGGGAAAGAGGGGGUUUCCUGGCCAUUGGUGAUCUAAGGUGCUCUGGUUUAUUUCCAAUAAACAGUAAUCUUUAUAGAUCUUAAUCCACAUUUUUAAAUGGACUGGUGAUUGGCUGAGAGAGACAAGGCAUAUGGGCAGGCUUUGUUGAAUGUUUUGCCCUAAGUCUUUCAGUGAGGUAUGACUUAUAACUUUUGAUUUGGCGGGUGAUAUCUUUAUUUUUGUGGAAAAUGGGAGAAAAAUAAAUAAUUGCAUUUAUUUGGCUGGUGGGUAAAACACUGGACCAUUCAGUUAUUGUUGAAUGAAUGCUUGUUUUGUGUACAUCUUUACUGUUGGAUUCAUGAGUAUAGGUGAGAUUGCCAUUAUUUUACUAUUUGUUGUGAAAUUGGGGGUAGGAGCAUCACUUAGCAUAAACCUUUUUCACAUUUAACUUCUUAAAUCUUAUUAGAAUGAAGAAAUCAUUUUGGCAUUGCUCAUUUUUAUCCUGCUAACAGUGCUGAUGAACCUUUCCCCAUCUUGAUCAAAAUUCAAACAGAAGAAUGAAAAUACAUUUGAAAUGCAUCUUUUCAGAGGAACUCUGGCAAAGUGGUACAGACUGGAUAGAGUCAGGAAGUUUUCACAUAGUCACCUGUCACCUCUCUCUCCGCCUUUGGCUGUGCUCAACAUGUAUGUUCCAAGCCAUAGAGAUAAUUGCGAUUUGCUCCUAGGUAGCUUCUUUCUUCUACUGUCACUGGACUAAAAUUUCCAACAUGUCAAAAAUGCCUUAAAUUUUAAUGAACUCUCUGAAAAUGUAGUUGGUAUUGAAGAAUUUAUUUAUCUUAUUGCUAAUUUUAGAUAUUAAAUAGAUUUUGUCAGCUCAAUCCCAUCUUUGGAAAGGAGCUACCUUUUUCCUUUGGAUCCCGCUGGUUUGUUAUUUGAAUUGAGGCAUUGAAGAAGUAUGACAGAAAGAAUAUUAUGAGGAAAGUAUUCAGACUAAUCCUGACUAUAAAAUUCACUUAGUUUUAUGUCUUGCUUUUACAGAGCUCAGUGGAAUGUUGAAAGGCAUAAAGAAAUUAAUCACGUUUCUAGGACUUUUAAUUGAUAUUUGUCAUUCCUUUUCCCCUGUAAGUGGUAGAAGUUGCUAUUUUUCCAAAAGGCACAGUUUUGAAACCUUAAAUACUUCAUUAAGUCAACUGUCAUCUAUAAUAUCUCUUAGCACUCUUUCAAAACGUAUUUAAAUCAAUUUUCCACUGGGUGAGACCAUGUCUUCCAUGGAUAAAUUAUAUCAUGCCAUGUAACAAAUUUGAGCGACUUGAUAUGUGUUUACUUGAUUUAAAAGACUGAAUUUUAUUUUUGUUGACUUUUCCCUUCUUUG